CUCAGGCAUGCAAACACAGCACAUACAAAUGGAGGACACCAGCCCCCACUACUACUCUGUCUACCUCGGCUGGGCUCUCGUCCUCGCGUCGCUGGCGCUUGUAGUUACACGCAGGAGGACGGCAAACAACGGCCUGCGGCUACCGCCGGGGCCGUGGCAACUGCCGGUCAUCGGGAGCCUGCACCACCUUGUCAGGCAGCUCCCGCACCGCGCCAUGCGUGACCUGGCGCGGCGCCACGGGCCGGUCAUGCUGCUCCGGCUCGGCUCAGUGCCCACACUGGUGCUGUCGUCGCCAGACGCGGCGCGCGAGGUACUCAAGACCCAGGACCUGGCGUUCGCGACGCGGCGGCUCACGGCUACCAUGGGCGUCCUGACCUGCGGUGGCCGGGACAUGAUCUUUGCGCCCUACGGCGACUACUGGCGCCAGCUCCGUAAGAUCGCCGUCACGGAGGUGCUUACGGCGGGACGCGUACGCUCCUUCGGGGCCAUCCGCGAGGAGGAGGUUGCCACCAUGCUGCGCGCCAUCCAGUCUGCCGGCCCCGUGGUGGAGUUGCGCGCGCUGCUGUCCGCGCUCGUCACCGACGGCACGUUCCGAGCCGUCAUGGGCAACCGGUGCGACUCCAAGCAGCGGGACAUGUUCCUGCAUGAGCUUGACAGAAUAGUCCGCCUUGCCACUGGUCUUAACACUGCAGACCUCUGGCCGUCCUCGUGGCUCGCUGGACGGCUCAGCGUCGCCCUCCGCCGUGCCGAGGAGAUCCGUGGCACUGUGUUCGGGAUCAUCAAAGGCAUCAUCUACGAGCAUCUAGAGAGGAGGGAGGAGGGUCAGGGCGGCGAGGAGGACGUGCUGGACGUGCUCCUCAAAAUACACAAAGACGGUGUCAUCGACAUGGAUGCCGUCGAAGGCGUCAUCUUUGACAUCUUCAGCGCCGGUAGCGAGACAUCGGCGACGACUCUGGAGUGGGCGAUGGCGGAGCUGGUGAAGAACCCAGCAGCGAUGGUGAAAGCGACGGAGGAAGUACGGCGAGCCUUCGAGGGUGAUGGCACGGUCGAUGAGGGCAGGCUCGGCGAGCUCCCGUACAUGCGCCUUGUCAUCCGGGAGACGUUCCGCCUGCACCCACCGCUGGCGCUGAUGCUCCCGCGUGAGUGCCAGGAACCGUGCAAAGUUCUAGGGUUCGACGUGCUGAGGGGCACGCAGGUCAUCAUCAACACCUGGGCCUUAGGCCGUGAUGAACAAUGUUGGGGUCCUGACGCGGCCGAGUUCCGGCCGGAGCGCUUUGAGGCUGGCGCUGGGGUUGACGUGGACUUUAGGGGGACAAAUUUCGAGCUGCUGCCGUUCGGUGCUGGGCGAAGAAUGUGCCCCGGGAUGGCGUUCGGCCUGGCCACCGUGGAGCUCCCUCUCGCUAGCAUGCUGCUUCACUUUGACUGGGAGGUGCCUGACAUCUCAAACCCGGCCGAGUUCGACAUGACGGAGGAAUUCGGCGUCACUACGCGCCGGAAGGCCAACCUCCUCCUGCGACCUUCCCUCCGUGUGCCACUUCCAGCCUCUCCACUACUCCAAUGCAAUUUCUAGCUCUCUAUGUGUAAAUGUGUUGAGACUUGAGACCGCUAUAUAGAUUAAAAAAAUUAUGUGACAAAGCAAUCUUAUAUCUUA